AUGACUUGUUCUAGAAAGCAACCACAAAAUAAUAAACAUUCAGAAAAUACUCAAUGUCAUUCUCGCAUAGCAACACCUGUUUUACCAGAAAAGAAUGACAACUCUCCUCAAUUAUCUAGUAUUCAGAUACCAAACUAUAUUGAAAUCGUAGAUAAUCAAGAUGAUGAACCCAUAUUAAAUACUUGUAUUACAAUCAGCUUUGGUAACAAGCUUAUUGAAGAGGAUAUGAAACGCUUUGAAGCGGAGAACGAUGCAUUAAUUUUUGUAAAUAAAGAACUAGGAGGAAUUAAUGAUGAUUGA